GUGUCUGUGCUCGCAAACUGCCGACGUAGGGGAGCCAACCUAAAUGCGUUUCUGGGAAAACAUACUUUAUAACAACGGGGAGGAAAAGUGGGCCGCGGGGUUUUUUUUGUCUGCCAGCGAGCCCGUUUGCGGCUUUCACGUUAAAAGAAGUGGCUAGCCGGCAAGCUAGCCGUGUGGCUAGCCGGCUGACAUGUUUUGUUGUGUUCCGGGUUGCCGAAGACCCUCCUGUGAUCAGCCGAUAAUGAUGUGAUAUUUCAUGGUUGAUUAUUGGUGCGUUCGUCACAUAUUUACACGCAAGAAAACGUCAGUGAUGUGGAUUUGAUGACCAUGCAGAUGAUGGCCUCAUCGUUCAGAAUCCCCAAGAAGAAACAGCCAACGGAAGCGGACAUAAGAAUGCAAUCCCCUCUGUCUUGUUUACAGGAUGGCAGCGGCCCUUUUAAGAACAGUUGGGGUGAGUCUAACAGAGUUGCCUGUGGAAAUAGACUUGGGGCCACAGUACAGAGAAAGAGCAAGCCUCUUUUCAGGGACGUGGUACUCAGCACUUUGGGACUCCACCGACCAAAGAAAGGGACCUCAGAUGUGUCAACAGCCAGUAUGAGACCAGGGAGCGCAGAUGAACAAAGUAAAUGGAGACCCGACACACCUCUUAACAGAUGGCGCCCUAAGAGAGCAUCAGACAGACUGCAACCUGAGAGAAGCCCAUCGAGGAGCAGCGAGCCUCUGUCAUCAGUCAAGAUCCCCACCACCUUUCUCACAGACAGUUUUCCCUCCUACCAUCUGGGAAGAGAUUCAGUUCUGUCUGUGAGCAGUGAUGCUGAGUUGGGGAAAUCUUUCAUAAAGCUCUCUGCUAUGGAGGAACCUGGGUUGGGUCAUUCGAACGGUGGCAUGAGAAAGAAGAGAGAGUUUUCCGAGGCGUCCUGGGACCGCCAGAAGAAAUGCCCGAAAUCUGGGACCUCUGGCACCGCCUCGUAUUGCAGCUCAGAUGAGGACAUUUCCUCCCCAUCCAAAACAAGAGCCUCUGUGAACAAAAUGGAUUCUGCUGACCCACUGAAAGAGCCCUCUCCUUCCUCCACUGUCGCCUUCUCUUCUCAUUUACUCUCAGCCGCCCAAAAAUAUGACAACAGGAGGCUGUCCAUCAACUGCAAUUCAUUGCUCAACGCCAGGCACAAGCUCAGAUUUUAUGAGAGACACUGGAAGAUGGGGGUAGAGAGAGACAGAAAGAGAGGGGCAUCGUCCAGGUCUCUCUCCCUGCACCUCAAUCCCAGUAAAGCAAAGCAGAUGCCAUCAGAGCCCAUUGUCCUAUCCAGUGAGGAAGAAGAGGACGAAAAAGAUGAGCGUGACGCUGAAGUGAGGAUGUCAGAAGCCUCCAGCAGAGUGGAAAACUCUCCGCUUAACCACACAGCUGGACAACAAACACAGGAAGAGAAGAAAAGGAGUGGUGUCGAAGAAGGGCCCGGGGCUGAGGUCGUGGACCGGUCCCUACCCAGUUUUGUGGAGCUGGACUUCACUGCUCUUCAUGUUGGCCUGAGUCGUGCAGAGGCCAAUGGGAAAAUGAUGAUCAUGGAAUCUGGUAUUAACAUGCCUGUGAAAGGCUCCCAGGGUGUGGAGGGUGAGUUUGCUGUUACCGUGGUAGCGUCCCAGGUGAGGGGUUAUGGCGUGUGGGAUGGCUGUGUGGUGCAGGGCGGCGGGAUUCUGCCGGGUGCCUGGGAAGGCCCCGCCCCCUCGCUGCUCUUCCUAUGGGUGACGGACGCCCAGGCCAACCUACUUCAGCGUGAGCUGUCAGCCAUCCAACCAGUCACACAGCCAGGCCAUGUGUGUCCCUGUCUGCUUCUGGUUUUGCGGGAGCAGAUUAGUGAGCUGCAGGGGGCGCUGCUAUCCUCGUUGCUGGAGAUGAAGGACUACCUCUUGAGCCGCUUCGAGCCAUGCUCCCCCCUGGACCUGGACCAGGGCCUGGUUAUCCUCCACAGCCUCCCUCCUCCUCUGCACACACACCUCCUGGGCCUGCUGGGACAGAAUGUGGGGCAGUCUAGUCAGAAGAAGAGGAAGUCCUGCCAACAGCCGUCCAGCCUUCAGCGUCUGCCUGGCAGUUUGAUUCAGUAUCCUGCUGCGCCGUGUAAAGGCCGGAUCACUGUGACGACGGAGGACCUGGCCUGUCUGGAGAGGGGAGAAUUCCUCAACGAUGUCAUCAUCGACUUCUACCUCAAGUUCCUCCUCUUGGAGCGAGCGGAGAGUAGUGUGGCUGAACGUUGUCACGUCUUCAGCAGUUUCUUCUUUAAACAGCUGGCCAGACGCCGUGUUGCAGGGGAGGACGACGCACCCGUCAUUCUGGACCGGAAAAUGAGACACAAGAGGGUGAAGACAUGGACCCGUCACGUCGACAUUUUCACCAAAGACUUCCUGUUUGUGCCUGUCAAUCAACAGAGUCAUUGGUACCUGGCCAUCAUCUGCUUCCCUGGCCUGGAGGAGGUGCAAUAUCAGGAGUGGCAUGGCCCGGCCAGGAAGGAGGACAAAGGGGUUAGAGAUCAACUCCGGCCUCGGGCUGAGGGGCCCUCUCUGGCUUCAGACUCCAGCUCGUCUCUCCUGCCCUCGACAGCAGCUGACAAAGCCAGGGGAAAAUCAGAGCUUUCUAAUGUGAGGUCACACACACCGCCGGGGUGCACCCAGCAGGGCUUGCAGAGGAAGGUUGUGCUCAGAAGACCCUGUAUUCUGGUCAUGGACUCAUUGAAGCUAAGCGACCACGAAAACAUCUGCAGGCUGCUGAGGGAUUACCUUCACGUGGAGUGGGAGGUCCGGAGAGGCACCAAUCGCCUCUUCACGACCAACACCGUGAUGCACUCCAGCUGCAGGGUGCCUCUACAGGACAACAGCAGCGACUGCGGUCUCUACCUGCUGCAGUAUGUGGAGAGCUUCCUUCUGAAUCCUGUGGUGCACUUUGACCUCCCUUUAACGCUGGAACACUGGUUUCCACGGGACCAGGUGCGUAGGAAGCGUGAGGAGAUCAGAAGUCUGGUGAUGCAGAUGCACAAAAGCCAGGGCAGCUGACUGGGCAGCCGGCGAGCCCGCUUACUGUGACCUCCAGACAUCAGUCCUGACACUGUGAAGGCCUUUUGUCGUAAUGAAGUGAAGUUAAGUGAACAAGUGCAAUGAUUUGUAUAUUCAUUAUUUUUGUAAUAUUUUGUGUCAGGGAAUUUUGAAACUAUCUCUGGUGUAGUAUGUGGAAGAAAAACUUUAAAAUGAAUGCACUGUUCUGCAGGAUAUUUCAGGGCUUGUUUUUUCAACUCUGGAUUUGAAGGACCAUUUGUACCUCUGUCGUGGAUAUCCAAGUUUGUUUUAAUAAAGCCAGU